AUGUCUGAAACCACGAUGCCUGCAGACAGCGAGAGCCAGGAGGUGUAUUCACCUCACGGACUUGUUCCAUGCUCCCUAUCGCGACUGGGAUCACCUGUUAAAGAUGCUGUGAUUAUCAUCCUGGCCCAAUCAUACUCGCAGCCGGUUUCGGUGGGAUGCGUGACGGCACGGGAAAGGUCUAUGGUUCAGGAGGCGGCUGUCAUGCAGAAGAUCGUGGAGAGCGGUUGCCCAGCUCCGACCAACGGAGUAACAAUCCAGAGGGCAGCACCACCGCCCAUCCAUAUCUCUUUAGCUUACCAGGCCUGGCAGUUACCGCAGCCACUGACCGGAUCACAAUGUCACAGCACAACCAGCAUCUUCCCCCGAUGGAAUGACCAACACCACCUGGGCUACAUAAGAAGCACCUAUAAGUGCUUCCAGAGCGUGCUGAAAGGGCCAGACAACGCAGACUUUAUGCAAAUAUACCGUACACUCCUGUUAUACACCUUGGGUCUGUAUCUUAUAAUACAGAACAAGAAGACAGCACGCGUCCUACAGCUGUUAAUAAGUAAAGAAGAGAUCAUAAAGCCAGCAGUUUCUGUAGUCUCUCUACUCUUAGACAACAGACCUUCCCAGGUCAUGCAGCUACCAUAA